AAGCAGAGAAAUGCGUAAACCAUAUACGUGUUGGUCUUUGUUUGAACAUAAAUCCAAUAAAGUUUUUUUCUUCACAGAGAAAUUAAGCAAUAAUGUAAAAAUCGUAAUUAUUUUUGGUGAUGCAAAUAAUAAAACAGAAUAAAAAAAACGUGCGUAACGAUGAAACAAUUAAAUGUAUAUAAAAUAUUUGUUCAAAAUAAAUAAAAGAAUACACUUCAAUCUAAAGAUGAGAACUGCAAACGCUACACUGGCAGCAGGUUACUUCGGUCUAUUCAAAAUGGUGUGGGCUUCGUUUUUGAGUUGUACCCACAAUUCAAUACGUCACGAGGAUGCAUGCGUGUUUUCAAGAUCUUUAAACAGGGUGUAGUUUACCACAAACGGGACUACUUUACAAGGACAGACGUGGUGGUCAAGAAACAACAGGGGAUUGCAAAACCUGGUGACUGGAAGCUUUACAUAGACAGAUGCACGACAGGGCAACGUUUGGCAUCCAAGUUCAUACGGCAUUUACAAACAAACCACAACUUUUACCAAUACAAGGUACGAUUUGUCAAGCCUAUCGAAGCAAUUAUAGACGAAUGGUCGUCUGUCACAGCCAUUGUAGCUCGUUUUCUGAAAUUCAAACUGGGUAAAGACGAAGCGCUACUUAUCGAGGAACGUCUGCAUGGGAAGUUUGUCACGUUCGUUACAAACUGUGGCUCUGGGAACAAUCGAGAUAUCGCAGUUCUAUCAGCGUUUGCACAUUUUACAUACCAUGAAUCAGGUGGGGAAUUAGUGUUUUGUAACUUGCAAGGAGUAGAGGAUCAAGAUGUGUUCACACUUACCAAUCCAGCCAUUCAUUCAAAAGACGGUACCUAUGGCGACACUGACCUAGGAUCAGAGGGCAUUGACGUCUUCUUUCAACAUCACGUGUGUACCGCCCUGUGCAUUAACCUAUCCAGACCGGACGAUGAUUCUACUGGACCAAUUUCAAACCAAGAACCGCCACCUCCGUACGAAGAGCUCUUUCCUGACGGUCCUCCGCCAGUUCCAUGAACCAACCUGUCCAUUACUUCUGACGAAUGCAAGAAACCAGCACACAUUUUGAAGAGCUUGGCUCUUUCAAGGAGCCAUCUAACAAUAUGCACUGUGCAUAGUAUGCACCGUGGUUGACAGUCAGACUAGUUUGUGUCCACGGCAGUUUAUUUCCUCUAACAAAGUGUGCAAAUUGAUUACUACUGUGUAAAUGACAGUUCGCCCUGAUUUUCACGAACUCGGUCUUAUUCAACGCCGGAAUGAAUUUCCUUUCAGGAAAUGUACAUAGCUUGCAAUACUUUUACAAAUGCUGGGUCAGCUUUACAUUACAUUUAAAUUUACAUAUAUACGUUUCCAGAAAGAAAAUUUAUAUAUA